UUACGUAGUUACAUUUAGAAUAGACUGUUGAAGAAGGGCAGAAAAAGUGACCUGUUUUAGGUAAAAAUCGAAAAUUUUAAAAAUGCAAGCAAAAUAUAAAAGAAAGUUUACGCAGUAAUGAAAAAGGGCGGAACUGCAAAAAGGAAAGCUGAUGAAAAAUAAUAAAUAUGUUUAGAACCUUCGAGGCUAGAGAUUGUUCCUAUUCCUUGCAAAAUGGACAAAUUUCCGAUAUUGAAGCGCCUUUGUAAACGCCUGUAUCUCCUAAGUACCAUAAUUGUAGCAGCCAUAAUAUUCACUCUGUAUCUCAAAAGUGAAAAUUAUUUGCAUAUAAAUGACGUCUACAUACAACAUGAUAAUGCAAUCCCAACAAUCGAUCCAUAUCUUUACAAAGCGAGAAAUCGCAUCUCUGAAGCAUCUGCUAACUCAAACACAUCACUGGAAAUCAAGGAAAGACAUCAGAUUAAUACAUCAAAAAAUGUUUUUCCAAAUACAAGCGAAAUGACUCUAUUGAUUGUUAACAGCUCCAUUACAAAUUCUUCAUAUUAUCAUGAAACAAAUCAUAAUAACACCAAGUACAUUCGUUCGAGCAUCGAUUUAAAUAAUUCCACUUACCUUCCAUCCAGAGAUAUUAAUGGAACUCAUACCACAUCGCCAAUGGCAAAACCGGUUCCAGAAACCUGCCAAAAGUUCUCUAUGAAGGGCGCCAAACUAAUUCUCCUUUGGACUCCAUUUUUUGGUGGAUGGGACUACUUUCCACAAGGAAAUUUUCAGUUUUGUUCUCAUUGCCGCAACUGUCGAAUUACCACCGACAGAUCCGAGCUUCGAAAAAGUGAUGGUAUAAUAUUCCAUGCAAGAGAUAUAUUGCUGUUUGAUUUACCGCCUGUUCGAUAUCCUCACCAAAGGUGGAUCUUCUAUAGCUUAGAAUCUCCACCUUAUUCAGAUUACCCUGGAUUGGAACACAUGAGGAAUAUGUUUAAUUGGACCAUGACCUACAGAACAGAUUCCGAUAUUGUUAGUCGAUAUGGUGCAAUAGUAAGGAAUACUCAACCGAAACAAAUUGAUCUUCAAUCCUUACAAAAAUAUUUCGAAAAAAAAUCUAGAUCCGUGGUCUGGAUGACAAGUCAUUGUCCAACUUAUGGAGGCCGAGACGAAUAUGUAGCAAAAUUGCGUAAAUACAUAGAAGUUGAUGUAUACGGCACCUGCGGCACUUCCGUUUGUCCACCUGGAGACACCGAAAAAUGCCUACAAGAGUAUGCCGACAAAUAUAAAUUUUUCUUAGCUUUCGAAAAUACCAUCUGCAAAGAUUACAUUACAGAGAAAUUAUUCCGGAAUCUGAAUUACGAUAUCAUUCCAGUGGUGUUCGGUGGCGCUGAUUAUGAUAAGUUUGUGCCGCCAAAUUCUUAUAUUGAUGCCUUAAGCUUCCAGUCUCCUAAGCACUUGGCGCUUUUCCUAUCUGGAGUUGGCAAUGAUUUUGAGUUAUAUAGUAACUAUUUCAAAUGGAGAGAGAAUUAUUCCAUUGGCAUCAUUAAUAGAAAAGAAUGCGAUUUAUGUACUAAUUUACACAGGAAAGAUCUCAAACCAUCUUCAUAUAGUGACUUGAGAAAAUGGUGGGUUACAGAUUCUCAAUGCCGUGCUUGGAAGCCAAAAUAAUGAAAGCUAACAAUUUUGUUCUAACUUAACAAUUGUUUAAGGAGAUAAAAUUAUUCUUACUGAACAAAUUCUGUAGGGAGUGAUUUUAUUCUAAUUUAACAAAUGCUUCUAAUGCUGUUCUAAAUUAACAAACUGUUUUUGUUCAAGCUGGACAAAUGUUUCAGGAAUUACUUUUGUUUUAACUGAGCAAAUGUCUCAGGAAUAUGUUUCAGGGAAAAUUAUAUUUAUUAUUAUGCUAUUUUCAUCUGACCCUAAUGAUUUCAUCUCUUCAUAUUUUUUAUUAAUAUUUUUCACAUUGAUGUGCAAAUUCCUUUAUUUUGCUGAUUGUUCUAAAAAUAUAAUUUCAAUAAAUGUAAUAAUUUUCUUGAGAAUAAAGUGUUAAUUUAUUUUCU